CCGUCCCCGGGUUCUCCCAAUACGGACUCCACGCUCCCCCAGGCACGCCCACUCCAAAGAGGGCCGAGAGCGCCCCCAGGGCCGGGCCGGCAAACCGAGCGCGCCUUUCCGCGGCAGCUUAAGGUACGUUGGCGCUCGCCGCGAGGCGUUCGCGGAAGCGGAGGGGCGGGGAGCGGAAGAGGCGGGGCGAGCGGGCCGGCUGCUGGCUGCGCGGCGGCGUUUGGACGCGGGUCGCAGUGGGGUGAGGCGCGCCUCCCGGCAGUGCUGACAGUACGCUGCAGGCCGAGGAGCUGUUUGGUGCGGGCGGCGGGAGCCCGUAGACGCCGCAGCUGGCGCACAGGGCCCGGCGCACGCCGGCUGCGCCAUGGUCCGGCUCAUCCUCGCUCAGACCCUGAGAUCAGUGGCAUUCGUUUUAUAGAUACGCAGCUGAGGCUCCGACAUGGUUACGGAGCAAAGACAUGCACUCUCCUCUGCAAGGCCUACCGUGGAGGCCACUUAACCAUUCGCCUUGCCCUGGGUGGCUGUACCAACCGGCCUUUCUACCGCAUCGUGGCUGCUCACAACAAGAGUCCCAGGGAUGGCCGUUUUGUGGAGCAGCUGGGCUCCUAUGAUCCACUGCCCAACAGUCAUGGAGAGAAACUCGUUGCUCUCAACCUGGAACGAAUCCGGCAUUGGAUCGGCUGUGGGGCCCACCUCUCUGAGCCUGUGGAAAAGCUUCUGGGUCUUUCUGGCUUUUUCCCUCUGCAUCCCAUGGUGAUCACAAAUGCUGAGAGGCUGCGACGGAAACGAGCACGAGCAAUUCUCUUAGUGUCUCAGAAAACAGAUACAGAGGCUGUAGAAACAAAAGCGAGCUGACUUCAGUGAGCAGUGGGAGUAAGGUCAAAGUCUUCUUAAAACACUUGUGCAGAGCUCUUAGUUUUAUUAGAUUUAGAGGUCAAUAAAUGGAGUUUUCUAAGUCA